UGUGCCAAAGGGGCUGGAAUGUCCCCCACAGGCCCUCCCAGCCUUCCCGCGGGGGCCGGGACCCCUGGAAGCCAGCCCCGCCCGUGCCCGCCUCGGCCACCAGGUGGCAGCACACGCGGGCCCUGGGACCGGAGCGCGGCCCGCUCGGUGCGCCCGGCGGCUGAGGGUCCCAGCGAUGCGGGAAGCGCCCACUCUCAGUACAACGCCCGCUACUCCUCACUCAAUCUAGGGUCAAGGCUGGGGAAGCGUGAAUUUUGACUUUUUUUUUUUUCUUUACGGCGACUUCUGCGAGGACAAGAGGGGGCCCCUCUAAAAGCAGUCUGCAGCAGCGCGAGCCAGGGGCUUCCUAGGAGAGCGCUGGGGAAGCUGCGUCCACAGAGGGGCGGAGGAAGGGAAGGAGAAGAAAGAAAGGAAGGGAGGAUGGAAAGGAAGGAGAAGAAAGAGAAGAAGUAAAAAGGGGAAGAAAGCGAAAGAAAGAAGGAAAGAAAGAGACUAACUCAAUGAAUUCUCUACUCAAGAUCAGGUUUUUAAGUAAAUGUUGUAUUUCAACUUCACUUUUUAAAACUUUAAGGAUUUAGCCAUCACUGUUAAAAUCCACAAGUUGUUAAAAAUUUCCGUAGAGAGAGUGCAGCUCCCGGAGUGAAGGGUUAGGGAAGAGAAUGGGGAGUCCUGGAGAGCUUUGAUAAGCAAAUAGAGCUCCGCGCUCUGCCACUCUCUUCAUUGGCUGUUCCCUCGCCGCCAGAUUUUGACACAAAUAAUCAGAUUGAAAAUCAGGGAGGGGAACAGAAGAGGAAAACACACACACACACAGAGGGUGGGAAAAAAAAAAAAAAAAGGAGAAGUAUCUAUUUGUGCCGAGAGUCACGAAUUGACCGGGUGGUGCUGAUACGCAGAGAGACGCAGCCAGGUUCUUCCCGCAGACCGGCUCUGGACAGGCGUGGGGCACCCGCUGACAAUGCCACGCUCCUUCCUGGUGAAGAGCAAGAAGGCUCACACCUACCACCAGCCCCGCGCCCGGGAGGAUGAGCUGCUCUGGCCGCCGGCCCUUGGCCCUGUGGCCGGGGACCAGGUCCCGAGCAUCAGCCCUGUCCUCAGCUCCCUGUUCCCAAACCAGCGCCUGGACUGGACGGACCUCAAACGGGAGCCGCAGCUGGAGCUGGAGCAGAGCUCGAUGACCCGGCUGGCCUCCGGCCCAGAAGGACCUGCUGUGACGUCCCGACCCCAGGAUGGGGACUCGCCCUCAUCUGACUCACCCCCGUUCUACAAGCCCAGCUUCUCCUGGGACGCCCUGGCUUCCUCCUACGGCCAUAGCUACCGGCAGGCCCCCUCCACCAUGCAGUCUGCCUUCCUGGAGCGCUCUGUCAGCCUGUAUGGCAGCCCUCUGGUGCCCAGCGCCGAGCCACCUUUGGACUUCAGCCUCCACUAUUCCCCGGGGAUGGACGCGUACCACUGCAUCAAAUGCAGCAAGGUGUUCUCCACCCCCCAUGGGCUGGAAGUGCACGCCCGCCGCUCCCACAGCGGGACCCGGCCCUUCGCCUGCGACGUCUGUGGGAAAACCUUCGGCCACUCCGUGAGCCUGGAACAGCACACGCACGUCCACUCCCAGGGGAUCCCGGCCGGGUCCAGUCCUGCGCCCAGCUUGGCAGCCCCGGGCCUCGAGGCCCCACCUGACCCCCCGGGGCCUCGUUUCCUCCGGCAGGAGCGCAGCUUCGAGUGCCGGAUGUGCGGCAAGGCUUUCAAGCGCUCGUCCACCCUGUCCACGCACCUGCUCAUCCACUCGGACACGCGGCCCUACCCCUGCCAGUUCUGCGGCAAGCGCUUCCACCAGAAGUCUGACAUGAAGAAGCACACCUAUAUCCACACCGGUGAGAAGCCACACAAGUGCCAGGUGUGUGGGAAGGCCUUCAGCCAGAGCUCCAACCUCAUCACCCACAGCCGGAAGCACACAGGUUUCAAACCUUUCAGCUGUGAGCUGUGCGCCAAGGGCUUCCAGCGCAAAGUGGACCUGCGACGGCACCGUGAGAGCCAGCACAACCUCAAGUGAGGCUGCCCCGAGCCCGGCUCCGGCCCCGAGACCGUGCGACCUGGAGUGAGGCCAGUCUCACACACCCAGAUCCCCAGUCUCCUGGAGGCAGCCCUGGACAGGACUCAUCAAACUUGUUUCGAGACUCAAAUCGCUGUGUGAGCUCGAGCAAGUCACUUUCCCUCUCUGGACCGACAUUUCCCCUGCCGCAUAGUGUGGCAGCUGGUCUUUUCCAAGCCGAUGCUGUCUGCAGGCCCAAGAGCUCAGUGCCGCCCCUGUCAGAGCCCAGGAGGCCAGAGUAGCCCCAGGCGGGCCCAGAGAAAUCCUCCCCUAUUUGCUGCCCCCAGGGAUCGGGUCAGCUUGGCUUUCAGCAGGCCUCCUCCUGGCCGCCACGGAUGGUCAGAGCCGUCUCCCACCUCAGUGGGAGGCCUAGCACCCCUCUGCUUCAGCCAGUGUGCCAGCUGAUCCCCACUUCUGAUGGCACUCCAGCCACGGGGAAACCAGCAGUUACUGCUGUCAGAAGCCUGCUCCUCUCAACAGCUGUAAAUAAAAAUAAAGACACCCCUUUACUUACA